ACACUCCUUUCUGUACCUGAAGAUCCUGAGAGUAGUCGCUUUUGCUUCCUUUCCGCUGUCUCUCUUCUACCAUGCUGCUGUUUUCCUUGCCUCGUCUUUCUGCUUUCACUGCUUGAUCUGUCUGUCCUUCUUCUUGCAUCUGCUGGACGUUUAUUUCACCAUUUCGCUCGCUUAACCCGACACAAUGGACAGCAUCUUGCAUAGUAACGUUUCUGCCCUAAUCAUUAUCCUCACAGCAUCCAUUGCUUCACUCGUCCUUCUCAGCAACAAAGUCCGCAAGGAACAUGAUGCAGACUCGAUCGUUCCAGGAUGUCGCCGCAUUGGGCUCAUCGGAAGGAGUAACAUGUCCGACCAGUAUUCACCAGAGUACAAUGGAGAGAACUUGGACUCAUCGGCCACAUGCAGAAUCAAGGCCCUGUUCAUAUACCCCGUCAAAUCAUGCAAGCCUGUUGAGAUCGAUCACAACGAUGUCAUUCUGACUGGUCUGAGAUAUGAUCGUCAGUUCUGCUUCGCCCAGCUAAAAACAGAGGAGACAGAGAAAGAGGAGGGUGAUCUUAAUGUCAGCACCAAAUGGCUUCACAACUGGAAGUUCAUCACUCAACGCAAUGUACCUCGAUUGAGCCAGGUCGAUACUCAAGUAUGGAUACCAGACACUUCGUCAUCAACCUAUUCCCCUGAAGCAGAAUGGGUCAAGUCGCAGGGUUGUGUCGUCUGUUCGUUCCCUUUCACACCUGAAUGGUCUUGGGAUAUGGAUGGCUUGAGGACUGCAUUUUCGCUCCUCAAAGUGAAGCUUGCUCAGCGCGAUAUCAGAGCAGAGCCACGGCUUACGUUCAAGCUUCCCAUCGCCCCUGACGAGAAUCGCUCGACCAAGUACCACAAAGAAGUCAUGAAAAUCUGGAAGGACUCACCCAACGCCAUCAACAUCACAUCCGAGAUUCCACUAGAGACUUUGGCCAAGUUGAAAUACUUCCUUGGUGUCUCUAACCCUCUGGCUCUGUUCAAAGCGGAUCCUCUCAACCAUCGUCAAGUGUUUAGGAACGCACCCAGGAUAGAAGAGGCGGGUUACCAACCUGGUGUGGGCUUUGCUGAUGCUUACCCCUUGUCGAUUAUGGGCCUUGCCUCUGUACAAAAGGUUUCAAAAACAGUGAAGAAUCUCCCAACUCCUCACCUCGAUGCCAUGCGCUUCCGCGCCAACAUUUACCUGACUGGCAUCCCACCCUUCGCCGAAGACGACUGGAAAAUUAUCCGCUCGGGAAACCUCGAUUACCACGUCAGCUGCCGAACCACACGCUGUGAUCUUCCCAACGUUGAUCCUUUGACUGGUAUCAAAGAUCGCGUCGAGCCUUACAAGACACUCAAACAAGUGCGCGGACACGUCGACAAGGGUGCUGGUGCCCAUCCAGUGCUAGGCAUGCAGAUGGUGCCGCUACUCAAGGAUUCCAAGGGUAGUGAAGAGAUAAGAGUGGGCGAGGAGAUGAAGGUGAUCAAAUCAGGAGAACACUUCUACAUCAAGAUGUUCCAAGAUUAAUAAAAGUUUUCUGCGCUCGGAUUGAGCAAUACACAACCAAGAUAAACAUGAACAUGAGAUACGAUGUGCAUUGAAACCUAUCACGGAACAUCACAAGACCCUCCAGCCGGGAAAAAACCCCAAAAACUCUUUCUCUCACUUCCAUUCAUAAGGUAGGACCGCGUCACACCAAUCGUGCAAAUCCAGCACCUCAAACCAACCACACUAAAACAUCAAUCUGGGACUUGUUGAAUGCAACUCAUGUUGCGAGCAUGUUCCUGUGGUCGAU